AUGAAGUUUGCGUAUCGGUUUUCAAAUUUGCUGGGUACAGUUUAUCGACGUGGAAAUUUAAAUUUUACAUGCGAUGGAAAUUCAGUUAUCAGUCCUGUGGGCAAUAGAGUCACUGUGUUUGACCUUAAAAACAACAAAUCUGACACGCUGCCCCUGGCCACUCAGUACAAUGUCAAAUGUGUGGGGCUGUCUCCAGAUGGCCGCCUUGCCAUCAUCGUGGAUGAAGGGGGCGUUGCGCUGCUGGUCAGCUUGGUCUGCAGGUCGGUGCUGCACCGCUUCCACUUCAAGGGCUCUGUGCAUAGUGUGUCCUUCUCCCCGGAUGGCAGGAAAUUUGUCAUCACGAAGGGCAACAUUGCUCAGAUGUACCACGCCCCUGGUAAGAAGCGAGAAUUCAACGCCUUUGUUCUGGACAAAACCUACUUUGGGCCAUAUGAUGAGACCACAUGCAUUGACUGGACCGACGACUCCAGGUGCUUUGUGGUCGGCAGCAAAGACAUGUCCACCUGGGUGUUUGGAGCCGAGCGCUGGGACAACCUCAUCUACUACGCACUGGGAGGACACAAAGAUGCCAUCGUGGCCUGCUUCUUUGAAUCCAACAGCCUGGACCUGUACUCACUCAGCCAGGACGGAGCCCUGUGUGUGUGGCAAUGUGACACACCCCCCGAGGGCUUGAGGCUGAAAGCCCCGUCGGGCUGGAAGGCGGACCUGCUGCAGCAAGAGGAGGAUGAGGACAAUGACGAAGGGGACAGGGAGAGCACCAUCCGUGGGAAAGCUGCGCCAGCUGGGGAGGAGAAGAGAGGGAAAGUGACGUAUUCGCGGCUGGCCAAGUACUUCUUCAAUAAAGAAGGAGAUUUUAAUAACCUGACAGCUGCAGCGUAUCACAAGAAGACUCGCCUCUUAGUCACUGGUUUUGCUUCUGGAACCUUCCAUCUUCAUGAGCUCCCGGAGUUCAACCUCAUCCACUCCCUGAGGUGGGUUCUCUGCUCGCUCGCUUGCUGGACGGCCAGGGCGGAUGUACGGUACAGCAGCGGUCCGAACAGCCUGGGCCAGCUGCUGGUGUGGGAGUGGCAGAGCGAGUCCUACGUGCUCAAGCAACAGGGCCACUUCAACAGCAUGGUGGCUCUGGCCUACUCUCCUGAUGGGCAGUACAUCGUGACCGGGGGUGAUGACGGCAAGGUCAAGGUGUGGAACACCCUCAGUGGCUUCUGCUUCGUCACCUUCACAGAGCACUCCAGUGGGGUCACCGGUGUGACCUUUACUGCCACUGGCUAUGUCAUCGUGACCUCCUCCAUGGACGGGACUGUGCGAGCCUUUGACCUUCACAGGUACCGAAAUUUCCGCACCUUCACGUCUCCACGCCCCACCCAGUUCUCCUGCGUGGCUGUGGAUUCAAGUGGGGAGAUCAUCUCUGCUGGGGCCCAGGAUUCCUUUGAGAUCUUUGUGUGGUCCAUGCAGACAGGCAGGCUCCUGGACGUGCUGUCCGGCCACGAGGGGCCUAUCAGUGGUCUGUGUUUCAACCCGAUGAAGUCCAUCCUGGCCAGUGCCUCCUGGGACAAGACAGUGCGCCUGUGGGACAUGUUUGAUAGCUGGAGGACCAAAGAGACACUGGCCCUGACCUCCGAUGCUCUGGCUGUGACUUUUCGCCCUGAUGGUGCAGAGCUGGCAGUAGCCACGCUGAACUCGCAGAUCACCUUCUGGGACCCUGAGAAUGCUGUGCAGACAGGCUCUAUCGAGGGCAGGCAUGACCUCAAGACGGGCAGGAAGGAGCUGGACAAGAUCACAGCCAAACACUCAGCCAAGGGGAAGGCCUUCACCACUCUGUGCUACUCUGCGGAUGGCCACAGUGUCCUUGCAGGAGGCAUGUCCAGGUUCGUGUGCAUUUAUCACGUCAGGGAGCAGAUUCUCAUGAAGAAGUUCGAGAUCUCUUGCAACCUCUCUCUGGAUGCCAUGGAGGAAUUUUUGAACAGGAGAAAAAUGACAGAGUUUGGCAACCUGGCACUGAUUGAUCAAGAUGCUGGGGAGGAUAAUGGAGUCACUAUACCACUGCCAGGUGUAAAGAAAGGUGACAUGAGUUCUCGGCACUUUAAACCUGAAAUCAGGGUGACUUCACUUCGCUUCUCUCCUACCGGACGCUGCUGGGCAGCCACCACCACCGAGGGGCUCCUCAUCUACUCGCUGGAUGCCCAUAUGCUCUUCGACCCGUUUGAGCUGGACACCAGCAUCACCCCCGGGCGGAUUCGUGAGGCACUGCGCCAGCAGGAGUUCACCAGGGCCAUCCUCAUGGCCUUCCGGCUCAACGAGAGGAAGCUGGUGCAGGAGGCCCUGGAGUCAGUGCCCAGGGAUGAGAUUGAAGUUGUCAGCUCCUCUCUUCCUGAGUUGUAUGUAGAGAAAGCGCUUGAGUUUCUAGCUUCCUCCUUUGAGGUGUCUCAUCAUCUAGAAUUCUACCUUAUUUGGACUCAGAAACUACUCCUGUUGCACGGACAGAAGUUAAAGUCCAGAGCAGGGAAGCUGCUGCCUGUGGUUCAGUUCCUCCAGAAGAGCAUCCAGAGGCACCUAGAUAACGUUUCUAAGCUCUGUGACUGGAACCGCUAUAACAUUCAGUACGCUCUGGCAGUCUCCAAGCAGCGGGGCAUGAAGCGCCCUUUGGAACCACCGGGAAGUGAGGCUGAAGCGGGAGCAUCUGACGAUGACAGUCUGCACCUGCUUAGACCAGCGGCUGGAGACGGAGGAGGAGAAGGGAUGCUGGAGUAGGGCCGCCGCUGUUGCAAUACCGGAUUGUUUGGGUUAAGACCCACAGAAGAGAUGAAACCGUUGUGCCUUCCGGGCCGGGAAGCAAGAGGCAAUGCAGAGAGCAGCUGAGAUACCGUUGCUGGUGACCUAUUUCCGAUAAGAGUCAAACACGCAGCCGCCAGGACAGCUGUUGGUUGGUGCUGGGUUGCACACACUUGGCACUCGGGGCCCUGGAACCGGGCGGUGUGAAUAACAAUGAAUGUUGAAACAUCUGCUGUUGAAAGGCUCACUGUUUGUAGACUCAUGAACUUUGUAUGAGAGUUAAUUAUAUUUUUAAUGUAAGUUUUUGAUGACAGACUCAGAUUAAAAAUACGGAAUUUUCUCCAUAAGUGGGGAUUGAGUCUAAA